ACACAACAUGCUUGUGCAAUGUCACUGAGAGGCUACUUGCUCCAACAGGAAUCGGCAAAGGGGACACAAUGUGAGGAAUUACCAAAGGAGAUAUUUGGAAACCUGGACGAUUGUUACAUUUUGGACUAUGAAUCACACUGUCGAAGUGAAAGGAAUCUUGGAAUGUAUGGAUUUCCUAACUUAAAGGAUCCUCUCAGCCAAGGAAAACAACAUCAGACAUAAAGAUCAGCAGCAAUGUUGGCAAUGCAGCGUCACAACUCCUCUGGCAUCUUUACUACUCUGCCCCCCUCGAAUGAAACGGCGCCCAUAUUUUGUAAUGCCAGCCUUCCACAAACGAAUCCCACAGCAGCCGGCAUCACCAUGACGCUUGGAAUUGUAUUCAACGUGGUGGCGCUUAUCAUUCUCGCCAAAGCAUACACCCGCUUUCGGCGGAGGUCAAAGGCCACCUUUCUUCUCUUUGCUAGCUCUCUGGUGGCGACUGAUCUGGCUGGGCAUGUCAUCAACGGAGCCUUGGUGUUAAGAAGAUACUCGGAAGGGACUGCAAACUUGGCUGACCCUCCGUGUGGCUUUCAAGGCGAUCUCAUAACAGAUCCAGAUGUCCCCUGUCUAUUUUUGGGGUGUUGCAUGGUGUUCUUCGGGUUGUGCCCGCUCUUCCUCGGCUGCGUUAUGGCCGCUGAACGAUGCUUGGGUGUCUCCAAGCCUUUGCUGCAUGCUCGUUUGGUCACAAACGCACGGACUAAGAUGGCACUAGCUCUCAUCUGGUUGUUAGCGUUAUGUGUCGCUCUCCUGCCGUUUUUCAGCUUGGGAGCCUACACGCCACAGUACCCGGGCACGUGGUGCUUUAUCAGGGUGAUGGAGGGCACGCAAGCCACAGAUCUGGCCUUCGUGACUCUCUUCUCUGGACUGGCAUUCAGCUCACUGGCUGUGGCCUUUUUGUGUAAUACCAUCAGUGGGAUCACCCUAGUGAGAGCCAGAAUCAAAAAGAAGACCAGCUCCCAGCGCAGUUCGGCCAGGUCCCAUGACACUGAGAUGAUGGUCCAGUUGGUUGGCAUCAUGGUGGCCUCGUGCAUCUGCUGGAGCCCCCUGCUGGUCUUUGGAUUGAUGUCAGCCACCCGGUCCUACAGCAACACCCUCGGCUCCGACAGGGACACUUACAGGGCCUUAAUGAUGACUGGUGUUAGGAUGGCUACGUGUAAUCAGAUCCUGGACCCGUGGGUCUACAUCUUGCUGCGUCGUGCCGUCCUCAAGAAGAUCUACAGGAUUACUAAAAGACAAGCCAGUUUGAAGGGAAGCAUGCUUCGCUCUUUCCGAUGGGAUGUCAGCUCCUUUCAGAACUCCGAAAUAAACAAUGAUAAGAUUUAAGGGAUUGGACAUUGUGCUAUUUAACAUCAACCCGUGGCCUGCGUUCAUCUUGGUCAGGAUGUAAAUAUGUCUGCCCACUACAGUGGGUAAAUGAUCAGUAAGAAACUGGCAAGUUUGCAUUGUGAAUGCAAAAUCUACAUUGGUGUUUGUCCUCUAUGAGAACAAAAUCUAAUUCAAGAUUAUCUGUUGAAGUAGACAUAUAAUGCGUCAAGAUUUGAUCAAAAAUGAAGACUAUCCCACAAAGUCAGAAAGAAAAAAAUAAUGUGAAUUGUGUAAAUUAAAUGCUUAAAGACCAAAGUAAAACACUUUGAUUUUACCUCAUUUUGAAGACGUGAAUGUGUGGGGGAAAUGUACAGGUAUGUUUGUGUAUUACAGUGUUUACUGGUAUGCCCUCUUAAAAAUAAACAGUCUGAAAUCAAAA